CAGCAUGCAGACAUCACUCCGACUUCCAUUCUUUGCACUGGGUCAGCGUAGCCUAUUACGCUUUUACUCGCUGCGAGGAGCUACGGACUUGCAAGCCCGCGCUCGGGGCCGGAUCAUUCAAAUAGACUCCCGGAAUCCCCUUCCAGAGCUUGUCGACUCCUUCAAGAGGAAGCACGAUUAUCUACGCAUAUCCCUCACUGAACGGUGUAAUCUAAGAUGCUUCUACUGCAUGCCUAGCGAGGGCGUCCAACUCUCCCCAGCGGAACAUAUCCUCACAGACGACGAAAUAAUUCAUUUGGCAACCUUGUUCGUCAGAAGUGGUAUAACAAAAAUACGCCUGACGGGGGGUGAACCGACAAUCAGAAAAGGCUUGGGUACACUCAUCAAGAGGCUCGACUCUUUGCGUUCGCUUGGUUUAACAUCAAUCGCGAUGACAAGCAAUGGACUUGCAUUGCAUCGUCAGCUGCCAAACCUUGUCGACUCGGGUUUAACUCAUCUCAACCUGAGCCUCGACACACUUGACCCUUUCAAAUUCGAAAUUAUGACCCGGCGCCUAGGGCAUGAUGCAGUCCUAAAGUCGCUAGGCGUCGCUCUCUCUUGCCGAGGCCUACAAUCAGUCAAGUUGAAUGUCGUCGUCGUGAAAGGCCUCAAUGAUUCCGAGGUUCUUGAUUUUGUCAACUUGACCAGGGACAGAGAUCUUUGGGUGCGAUUCAUAGAGUUUAUGCCUUUCUCAGGGAACAAGUGGGACAGGAAUAAGGUGGUACCGUCAGCGGAUCUCCUGGCCAUGAUCAGGAAGCAGCACCCAAGCAUCGAACAAGUGCAGACAGUGCCGAGUGACACGGCUCGUUUAUGGAAAGUCCCAGGUCACAAGGGCGGUAUUGGUUUCAUUAGCAGCAUGUCCGAUCACUUCUGUUCGUCUUGUAACCGGUUGCGCAUCACCGCUGAUGGCAAGAUUAAAGUUUGUUUAUUCGACCCAAAGGAAAUCAGCCUUCGUGACGAGAUGCGACGCGGUGCGAACGAUACCGAGCUACUAGAAGUCGUUAGAUCCGCAGUUUGGGGCAAGAAGGAAAAGCACGCAGGCUCUUUGCUUUGCACGCGUAGCAACCUCUGCGGGAUACGACCACAGUACCUUCCGUCCUUAACGUAUCUUUCGCCGCUUGCCGCAGGACCCCGCAAUUCUCAGCAUUCGGUCCUGCAUCUGGGAAGCACAACAGCUGUUAUCCGGCCAUCGAAUUCUGUUGUUGCGACCCCUACUGGUCAUCUUGCGCGUGGCUGCGACCAGCGUCGAUGGAGUGCGCGAUCCGCUACCGAUGAGCCGCGACUAACGCACAUAGAUGUAACUGGUCAACCGUCGAUGGUCGACGUAAGUUCCAAAGAGGCCACAAAACGCAGCGCUACUGCGAUCGGCCACAUUUACAUCCCCAAGAUCGCCUACGAUCUCGUGUUGGGGAUGGAUUCUCCACUUGCCCAUCGGCCACCGCCGUCGCAUGAGAAAGCAUGGGCGAAGUCCCUUAGUAAAGGACCCGUCCUGACAGUAGCGCAGCUUGCGGCUAUCAUGGGGUGCAAACGGACGCCGGAGCUGAUUCCGCUCUGCCAUCCCUUACCGCUAUCUAAUAUCUCGGUGACUCUGACACCUGAGGCAACACCACAAGAUGAGCAAAUGCAACAUUCCACACAUAGGCUACCAUGCCGAAUCAAAUGCACAGCGACGGUUACGUGUGAGGGUAAAACUGGUGUCGAAAUGGAAGCCUUGACAGCUGUAUCCAUCGGACUUCUCACAGUUUGGGAUAUGCUGAAAGCUAUAGCUGGGAAGGAUAUGGCCAUAGGGAAUAUCAUGGUAUCACAUAAGAGUGGCGGGAAAAGCGGCGACUUCGUCCGUGACGAGGGCAAGUAAGAUAACUAGAGUUAGUCUAGCAAAGCGGUUUGUUCGAAGUCUGAGGCCGAUUUCCGAACCAUGACAUUUGGGGGAACCACAGAUUCCAUAGCCGGCCGGGGCUUAUCGAUAUUGUUGAUGUGAUUCCUGCGGCCGCAGCCUACAUAGUCCGAAGUAUGAACUCAU